GCCCUAGAGUGAACGGUUUUCACUAUUAGUAAUCCUUCUUAGUUUUGUUUUUGUUUCUCACAGUGCAGUCAUCAAGCCUGCAAAAAGUCCCAACUAAAUAUUGAUUCACGAUUUAUUUAGAGAUUAAUUAUAUCUAUCCAAUGAGUCUCUGAUGUGUAAUUCCGACAGCGUGGGAGGUUCUGUAUGCAAUUUCCCACUCCUUUUGGUAAUAAAGGAGGAAAAAAAAUAGAAGGCUGCUUGCUUCCUUGUAACUCUCAGCGUCAGCGAGAAGCAGCCAAAGUGAAAGCGAAAGAGAGCUGAACUCAGUGGAGGCUGGAGAGUGAGCUUACCAAUGGAGCUUCCUCGGGGUGCCCUGCUGCUGGUGCUGCUCGCCGUCGCCGCCGCCGCCUCCUCCGCCGGUGCCACACUCGCCGUCAAAGCUCCAGUUCCAGUUCCAGUUCCAGCUCCUGCCCCUGCCCAUGCACCUCCUCAACCUAAAGAUGCUGAAGGCCUCCUCAUCAAUGGCAACUUCGAGACGGCGCCGAGGAAGGUGAACAAGACACUCAUCGUCGGCCGCCACUCGCUGCCGGGGUGGACGCUGCGGGGGCACGUCGAGUACGUCUCCGGCGGGCCGCAGCCCGGCGGCAUGUUCUUCGCGGUGCCGCACGGCGUGCACGCUCUCCGCCUGGGCGGCCGCGCGUCGGCGUCCCAGAACGUGUCCGUGCGCCCCGGCGCGCUCUACGCGCUCACCUUCGCCGCCACGCGCACGUGCGCCCAGGACGAGGCGCUCCGCGUCGCCGUCGCGCCGUCGCUCUCGCCGCCCGCCGACGUCGCCGUCCGCACGCUCUACAGCGCCGACACCGCCGACACCUGGGCGUGGGGCUUCCGCGCCUCCUCCGCCGCCGCGCAGGUCACCUUCUCCAACCCCGGCGUCCAGGAGGACGCGUCGUGCGGCCCCCUGCUCGACGCCGUCGCCAUCAAGGAGCUCCCAACGCCAUACCCAACCAAAGACAACCUGAUCAAGAACGAGGGAUUCGAGAUCGGGCCGCAGGUGUUCAAGAACUCGACGGUGGGCGUCCUCCUUCCGCCGAAGCAGAAGGACGCGACGUCGCCGCUCCCGGGCUGGAUCAUCGAGUCGCUCAAGGCCGUCCGCUUCAUCGACGCGGCGCACUUCUCCGUCCCGGCGGGGCAGUACGCCGUGGAGCUCGUCGCCGGCAGGGAGAGCGCCAUCGCGCAGGUGAUCCGCACGGUGGCGAACCGCGCCUACAACCUAUCGUUCGUCGUCGGCGACGCCAAGAACGGCUGCCACGGGUCGAUGCUGGUGGAGGCGUUCGCCGGGAACGUGACGCAGAAGGUGCCGUUCGAGUCCGUCGGAAACGGCGGGUUCAAGCCGGCGAGCUUCCGGUUCGUCGCCGCCGGCGUGCGCACCAGGGUGACCUUCUACAGCUCGUACUACCACACCAAGGUGAGCGACGGCGUCUCGCUGUGCGGCCCCGUGCUGGAUCAGGUCAAGGUCCAGCCAUUGAAGGCGUGAUGAUCCCCCUACGAUUCAGAGCUCUCCUUUCGGAUCAUGGUUUGCUAAUUGCUCUACUUAGACGUCGUGUCUGUAAAACUCUGCAUUGGUGAUUUGGGUUUUGGACAUUGAACUUUCGUGUGAUCUAGCUAAACAUUGUGUCAUGGUUAUUGUUGCCUGUAAUGUCGCUAUCGAUCGUUGAUGAUGUUAUCAACCGGAUUGGCCACCAUUACAGUUGGUUUCA